CUUCUGAGAUAGUAUUGAAAAGUCUACUUUCAAACACUACAUAAACCAGACUUUUCAUCUCUAGCUUUCUAACAAAACACCUUCCUUCCUCUCUGUUCUCUUCCACCACAUGGAGUGUCCAACAAUGACCAUGUCUGCUUUUUCUCUCUCUUGUUUUUGCGUGUUUCUUCUGUGCUAUGUCACUGUCCUGAACCCUGUUUCUGCUAUCCAAAGUUGUGAUUUUCCGGCAAUUUUUUACUUCGGCGACUCAAAUUCCGACACCGGUGGAUUGGCUGCAGCCUUCGGUGGAUUGGCUGCAGCCUUCGAUGGAGAAACCUUCUUUCGCAUGCCGGCAGGGAGACUCUCAGAUGGACGGCUCAUUAUCGAUUUCAUCGGAAACGGGAAAGAAGUGGCGGAUGACUUUCCACCACAGGCUUAAUUUGGAUUAGAAGACUUUUUGCUAUUUUUGUGUUAAGUCCCAUAUUUUUUUGUAAACUCUUAGUUUGUUAUAUUUGGUAUAGAGAUUUGUGAACUCUUAUUAUUGUAAUUAUAUUUAUGGACAUUUGAUAUUAAUCUUGUAUUUUGGGACUGUAAUUAUGGUAUCUGGAUGAUAUAGUAGGUAGUUGUACCACUAUGAAAUGAACUAAGUUAAGGCA